GCAUGCUGGGCAGGAGGAUCUAUGUGGUUCCAUUUGAUCGCACCAAAACGAUCACUGAAGAAUCCAUCGGCGCUCUUAUGGAGCAGCUUCGAGAGUGCAGGAAAAUGGGUGGCAUUUUACUUAUGACUGAAGAGUCUACAAGAAGCCUGCAGUUGAAGCUCCGCGAGUGCUGUCUCGGAAAGACUUCGACCAAACUGGCAUCUGCCUUCGCACGAAUUUUCAACGAGGGCCUUCAUUCUGUCGUGGACUUCUUUGAUGAAGUUGACGAAGCGCUACGGUUGCAGAAUGAGCAGAUCUAUACCCUCGGUGCCCGCCAGGCUUUGGAUGGUGGGGAGAUGCGCUGGAAAGUGCCAUUCGCGAUUUUCCGCUUGCUGAAGAAUGACGAGGAGGUGAAGAAGAAGCUAUUGGAGUGUUCUUCCAGGGAUUUGAUUGAGAUCACUGAGAGUUCUUCUGAAGAGCUGACGGGAGCAGAAUUCCCUCGUUUGCGUUUCGUGGAGAUUCAUCGAAAUGAGGAUGCUUGGGCUGAGCUAUCUAAAUGGCUAUGCGAAGGUCUGCUGUCCGAGGGUUUAUCCUUCACAGAAAGGCAGGAGAAGUUAGGCGGAAUGCGGAAUCUGCCAUUGAAGGCUCGUGACCAGCUCCGCAAUUUCAUCCUUGACCCAAGUCUAUCUGAUGAGCAAUUGGAAGCAAUCCUGGAGUCCCUUGAAGAGUAUGACAGCAGUCCAUCUUUGCCGCAAGCUGCUCUCACUGCCAGAGGCCUUUUUGCAGGUGAUAUUUUACGCUCUGCACUGCACAAGCGACACCGUGUGGAGUUUGGGGUAGACCGCAGUACUUGGCGCUGUGAAAUGGCCAUACCUUUCCGCUUCAAGGAUGCUCCCAGCGAAAGGACCGAGUUUGGUCAUCCGGAUUUGGCCAUUACUUUGACCUUGCGCGCCUAUGCUGAGGAUGGCUUGACCAAGGCCGCUUUCUCCCGGGUUUUCCAAUGGCUCAAGGAGUUGCCUCUUGUGGAAAAGACUCGUCGCUACCGACUGUGGCUACAGGCUGCGGCCAAUGCGGAUGAUUUUCGCACUGAAGCGAUUGAAAAAGCUGUCGCCAAGAGGCUGAAAAUUCCCAGAAGCGCAGAAGUUUUGACCUUUGACGAUGACAUGAUGAAUCUCCUUUGGCCAAAGCUGGGCAAGAACCUCCAAGUCAUCGAGACCUUCUUGGAAGAAUUCGUUUUCCCGAAGGAGACUCGCCAAUUUCCGUUCAAGGUAUCAUCCAGCGCAUGGGAUUUGGCAUUUGGACGUCUGAGGGGCUUCUCCGGAACUGCCGACAACCGGCAGCUGUUGCCUUUGGGAGUUCAGCAGUAUGAUGAUGGAUGGCUGAAACACACAGAUGGCCGGGCCUUGCGGAGCCUUUGUGAUCCUGAGAUGGGUGGCCCUUCUCAGGUGAGAAUGGUGAAGGAAAAGGAACCGCUGAAGAUUUUGGAAGAGAUUUUGUUGUCUACAAAUACUCCGCAAGUUUCUGUACUGAUUGAUUGCGGUGCUCUUCUUACUGGGAUGUCAAACCGCCAAGUUGCACAGGCUGUGCUGGACCUAUGCAGCCGGUUCCGUGCUGCCAUUUACUUCGAUGAUGACAAUCAAGUCUUGGUGCUGGACAGAGAUGGGAAGGAUACGCCCUUGGCCAAGAGUCCACUUCAACCUGCCCACGGCUUCACAUACCUGGACGACAAGCACACAAGAGGAACAGAUUUGCGAUUUGCACCAGAUGCAGUUGGAGCAGUCACCAUCUGUAAAAAGACCACCAAAGACAGGUUAGUCCAAGCGUGCAUGCGAAUGCGUUCGCUGGGCUUGGGGCAGACAGUCAUGCUUUUCUUGGACAGUGAAGCUGGAAGGCAACUUGCAGAAGCUGGACAGCAACACAUGCAGCCAAGACCGGUGCCAAGUUUGGGUUUGGUUCUUGCUUACGUCACAGCAAGGACCGCUGAGGAGUUGAAAUCUGCCAUUGUGCACUGGGCUUUGCAGGGUGCCGCCUUUGCAGUUCGCGUGCCUUUCUUGCAACAUGUGUCGAACGGCUUUGGGGCUGAGUGCAGGACAUUGGCAAAGCUUUGCAGAGAACCAGAAGAGUUCCAGCUGACUUCAUAUUGCCAAUCGCUCUCCACACGUCCCAGCGCAGAAGAGAUUCCUAGGCGGGCAAAAGAAAGCCCGAAACGGAUCUUGAAAACUGCAGACCUCAGUGAGCAAGAAGUACGCCGGUGUGAAGAGGAGGCAAACAUCAUCAUCAAGAGCCAGUUGCUGUACCUGCACCAUCACCAACUCCUAUGCUCAGAGGAUGUGCUUGUUACCUCCAUGGAUGAGGAACAAGAAAGGGAGAGGGAACAGGAAAAAGAACGCGAAAGAGAAGUUGAAAUCGAAAUGGAAGCUGAAAUUUGCCCUCCAGCCAUUCAAGCCCACAAGCCGCUUCCCGAGAAGCAGUGGGAGUGGAGCCGUGCUUUACAACCAGGCUUUGUAGCAGAUUGUCUCAGUGGAAGCCCUGGAUGUCCUUGUCUUUUCCGAAUCACAGCAGAUGAGCUCGAACAACGUGGCACGCCUUUGCCACAGCUGCGAGAUCUCAGAGUUUCCCAUGUCUUUGCCACUGACAAUUUUCUGUCCAGUGUGGAAAUUGUGGAUGCCGAUUGCGGCCCCCUCGAAAAAGCACAUGCUGCGCGGCCUGUGGAUGCCUAUGUCUUGGCUGAAGGCAGCGUCAUCUUGCUAUCAGGUUGGGAAGCUGGACACGUUUUGCGGGAGACGCGGUGUCUUAGCAAGCAAGCAUCGCAGAGGGCGACACAAGCAGAGGACUUCCCAACACAACUCAACCACGUGAGUGAUGGUGGGAAAACUAUGUCUGUUUGUCCUCGAGGCUUUCCAAAGCUUCCAGAUGCGCAACAUCGAGCUGUGCUGAAGCUGUUCAAUGGCUCCUGUGACUAUCCACGGAGUGAGAUCCCUGAACUUGCCAAGUUUCUUGGUCUUUUAGAGCCUUCAUGCAUCCACAGUGCUGCCCGUCAUCAUGGAUGGACAGAGCGGCAGUGCCGGCGCCUUUGGGAUGUAUUGAGGGACAUGAAAGUUUUGGGCCGAAAUGGCUUCGUCAAGCAGGUGCCAAGCAUGGAGGAUUCCAACUUGAAAGAGGCUGUGGAAACCGUCUUGGAGCAAAGUGAGAUAGACUACGCUCCAAGGAUGGUUUGGUUCCACAAGCUUCUGACUCAGAUUUCAUCCGGGCACAAGAACCCUGCAGCUGUUGUGCCAGAAUUCGUCCGAUUUCGAUUGCAAGGUCAUCUUUUCCAGGGGUCCAGCCUUGAGGAGCUCUUAGACCUAUGAUUUUAAAUGUUCAGCCACGGCUUCAGCAACGGAAAAAAGAUCUGGCAGAAGGGCUGCUGUUUCGAUGUUGAAACCACUGGAAGACAGGA